AUGGAAUCCAACUGGACGUAUCAUGUUGGACUGCGCUCGCCAAACUUAACAAACACGACGGUUAGUUUGCAGGAAAACUUCGAAAUUGAUUUGGAGGAUACCAACUGGAUUUUGACGUCGGCGUUUAUUAUUUUCACCAUGCAGACUGGAUUCGGUAUGUUGGAGUCAGGUUGCGUCUCUGUAAAGAACGAAGCCAACAUUAUGAUGAAGAAUCUUGCUGAUAUAUGUCUCGGUGGUCUGACAUACUGGAUCUUCGGCUAUGGCCUGUCGUUCGGUCAAGGGCCCUACUCGAAUCCGUUCGUCGGAGUGGGAGACUUCUUAGUGGACCCACCAGUGGGCGACGCAUUGAUGGGCCCCGUGUUUGCUUCUUUCCUGUUUCAAUUGUCUUUUGCUACCACUGCGACAACUAUAGUCAGUGGGGCUAUGGCGGAAAGAUGCAACUUCAAAGCAUACUGUUUAUUCUCGUUUCUGAACACGCUAGUUUACUGCGUCCCAGCUGGCUGGGUUUGGGGCGAACACGGGUUUCUUAAUAAGCUGGGUGCUGUCGACAUCGCUGGCUCCGGUCCUGUGCAUCUUAUAGGUGGAUCUUCAGCGUUUGCAUCAGCUCUGAUGUUGGGACCACGUUUGGGACGAUACGCAAAGGGCUACGCUCCCCUGCCCCUCGGAAACCCAGUCAAUGCUGUGAUGGGCACUUUCGUGCUGUGGUGGGGUUGGCUUGCGUUUAAUUCUGGCAGCACGUACGGGGUAAGCGGAGCAAAAUGGCAAUAUGCAGCACGAGCCGCCGUCAUGACGAUGAUGGGAUCCUUUGGAGGAGGAUUUUUUUGGGUUGAUGUAAGUACUUUUAAUAAAACAUUCACUCUAACGAAGAACAAGGGCCGAGCUGACGUGCUGGACUUGAUCAAUAGUGUUCUGGGAUCCCUGGUCUCCAUUACAGCUGGCUGUUUCCUGUACCGUGCAUGGGAAGCACUGCUUAUUGGAAUGAUCGGGGCUUUGAUAUCAUCGCUUAGCGCGACGCUCUUCGACAGGCUCCACGUGGAUGACCCAGUCGGAGCAUCUGCAGUCCAUGGCGCUUGUGGGUUUUGGGGCGUGGUAGCCGUUGGACUAUUCGCUGACAACCCAAUACCGAUGGAAACUACCAAUGGUAGAGCUGGCUUAUUCAAAGGUGGGGGUUGGUACCUCCUCGGAGUACAGACCCUGACCGCCAUCUGCCUUAUGGUCUGGGCGGGUCUAGUAACUAUGAUACUUCUGUGGCUUAUUGACAAGGUACUUCCGAUCAGGAUGGACCCCUAUGAUGAGUUACUGGGCGCGGAUUUGACGGAACAUAGGAUACGACAUGGACAAGUUGGAGUUUCAAGAGCUGUAUCAGCGCUAAGACCUUUCCACAAAUCGAAUAGCAUAGAGGAAGUGGGCGGAAUCGGGGUUAAUACUGGCCACACAAUGAUCAUAGACAAACUUAGCGAGCUAAAGAAACAGAGAAGCAAAAACCACCUAAAACUAUUUACGAACCGAGCUUUCGAAAUAGAAGUGCCAACGGAACCCUCGACGUUCAAAAACAACGGUUUUCUUAACAAGCGACCUGGCAACCCCGAGAACGACUUGCACCGCGUCAUAGACUCUAUGGAGCACGAGUUAAAUGGCGGGAAAAGUGACAUUAGGAAUAGCGGAAAGAACAUCGAAGACUUAAAAGGGAGGAGGUUUAAGGAGUUGAGUGUGGCUGAAAUUCAUGAAUGGGGCGAAGUUAAUGCGAGUCAAGAUAGAUUUAGGCAUAGAAUAGUUGAGGACGAUUAUAAGAGUGACGUGAUUAGAAGUGGGCUAGCGACGCCGACUUUUAAAUGGAUUGAAUGA